CGUGCCGCGGUGCAGGGCGGGACUCCGGGCAGGGGUGGUCAGCGUGUGCGAGGGCCGCCAUCUUUCUUUCCACGGAAGGAGCACGGCAGCAGUAUGGGGCACCAGCAGCUCUACUGGAGCCACCCCAGGAAGUUCGGUCAGGGCUCCCGCUCCUGCCGCGUGUGCUCCAACCGCCACGGCCUCAUUCGCAAGUACGGGCUGAAUAUGUGCCGGCAGUGCUUCCGCCAGUACGCCAAGGACAUCGGGUUUAUCAAGCUGGACUGAGCACCAGGAGGAUGAAGCUGUGACCAGAAGCUCCCAGGGCUUCCCUGGGCCUCCCUGACACAUCUGCAGCAUCUUGGCACAGCUCUAAUCAAUAAAUAGUCUUUCCACCUGA